AUGGAGAAUAAUUUUUUAUUGCCUUCAACAACAUCAUCAGCACAAGAAGUUUCAGAGAACACAAAGAAGCCAAAUGGGAAAAGAAAAUAUGCCAGCUCCUCCAAAGAAAAUGCUAAAAAUACGGAAGAUAAUUCUUCAGGAGAAAUUCGAGUAAACAAUUAUGAAGAAGUGAGACGCUCCAAAAGUAAGAAACUGAAAGGACUUUCAUUGGAGAGAGCUGAUCAGUUGAGAAUUAAAGCUAAUCAACAGUCACUCCUCCUUGGAGGAACCUGGGAAAGAGAGCGGCAGCGAAUCUUAAACGAGGCACUUCAUGUGCUGAAGAGAAUGGACAUUCCUCUAUUCCCUAACGUGUCAGGCAACAAGGUUGGCUCCAAAUGUCACACUGUGAAGAAUGCCACGGCCUACAUUAUUCAUAUGAUGAGGCAAAUAGAAGAGCACGACAGGACCCACGGUGUAUCUGCGCAUCUUCAUCAACAGUCUCAGUUGCACCAACAGCGGUUACAAAAGCAACUAGAGGCGAUGCAACAGGAAGAGUUGCAGUACCAGUUACAACAACAGCAGCUGUAUCAAGAAAUGUUACUGCAACAGUCACCUCAGCAACAGAAUCACAAACAACAAAAUCCGCAAGAUUCCCAGCAAAAACAGAUUCAAACACCUGAGUCACAACCACGACUAUGUCAACAGCUAGAUUCACAGCUCAACCUACAUCAUCAACAAUCGCAUGUCAAGCUUGAACCACAACACCUAAAGCUUGAUCAGCAACAGCAGACCCAAGAGUUACAGCUACAUUGUGAUUUACAGCAACAGAUGUUGCAUCAAACACCGCAAUUUGAUCAUAAACCACAGCUUAAUCAAGAACAACAGCAACAACAAUUACUAUUUCAACAGCUGCAAAAGACGCUUCAUCACCAACCGCAAAUCCAAAGCCAACAGCAUAGAUCCGAUCAACAUAUACCGCCUCUACUAAAGCACAAACAGUCUCAACUACUGCAACACCAGAAACAGAAGCCGCAAUAUGAGCCAAAACAAGAACACUUGUAUCCGCAGGUACAGGCACAGCAACCACGACAGCCUAAACUAGGACUAUUGUUAAUGGCCCAGCAGAACCAGCAACAAGCCCAACUUAUUCAACACUUUGGAAAGUACCAUAAGCCUGAAACAUAUUCUUUUGAUGUUCCAAAGCAACAUGGCUCUCUACAGUUGACACCUAGGUUUAACUCAAAGGAUUUACCCGGUUUACGUCAUCAGGUGUUACCAAUGAGACCUAAUGAACAAGUCAAAUCAAUCUAUCCGCACCCAUACUCACAAUGGAAAACUAACCACCUUGUCCACCCCACGUUUACAUUACAACAUAAUCCAACACCCUCGACACAACCUAGGCAGACCUGGACUCCUGUACCAGAAGGUAAUUUUGUGGCACAAUUAAAUCCGAUGAAUCAAGCCCAGUGUUCAAAAGGCAAACCUAAGUGCAAUGCCAAAUCGACAAAAACAAAAGAAACUAGUCAAGCUACAGAAAAUACCGAGCCGUUUGCUAGACAACUACAAAGUUCAACAUUAUGUACAGAAAACAAUAUUUCUAAACAAAAGCGAAUAUCAGGAAACACAAUCAACUUUACGGCAUUCUCUGGCUCAGGUAAUCACGCAGGUGUAAAUUCCAAAAAGAAUCUAAGAAUAGCUUUCAACGACAAAACCAAUAUUGUCCUGAAUGAAAAUAAUCUUUCUGCAUUUUCUGCUCCAACCUUUGACCUUUGCUACCCAACUGCUGACCCCAGAGCAAGUUGCUCAACCUCCAGUGACAUUAGCAGAGCAACUGAAAGGCACGCCCAUGACGCUAACAAGGAACAUCCAAAUAGUGACAUUGAGACGACAGAUUGGCUACUGGAUUUCGUAUCUGUUGAUCAGUAUUUUGAAAGUUUACAAAAUUGA